AUGACUCCCAACACGUCGUACAAUACGUAUAUGUCGAUGCAAGUCCUAGAUUCGGCGUCUACGUGCUUAUCCGCUGGAAAUGCAAUUGCAUAUACGGUUCGAGAUAUCGAUACUCUGGCUCGAAUACGGGACACGAACAUACUGCCGCGAACAGUGUUGAAGAAUCAAUCGGAAGACGACGUCGAGCCAGACGAAAUGGGUCUGACGCACGAAUUUGAAGAGGGCUUCGAUAGGGCAGACUUCAGGGCAGAAUUCAGCCCGAGUCCCAACCUUGAAGGGCCACAACCACAACCGAGGGAUAACGUUUCCCGAAAUUUUCCAACGGCCAGCUCAUCGCCGCCGCGUGCUCGAACAAACAACGACGUGGACACGCGAUCGAAGAACUUUAAAUCGGUCGGUGUAGGGGCAAAAGACAUGCCCUUAACACCCAUGGUUAUUCAAGGGAUGGUAAUGCUCGAGAACAACUUGGCUGAUAAUACUAGGAAUCUUUCCACCAGUACGAUGUCGCCAAUUAAUUGCACAACGGUAAUCUACGCCUUUCCUGAAGAGGAUCGUGUCGUUGUUGGAUAUAUCAAUGAAUGGAUCAAUGCAUAUUCAUUCAUAUCAAAAAAUCAAGAAAAAUUCUACCUGUACAUCAUAGUAUCGGUCACAGCCGGUAUUCUGAUCUUUUUGGGCUUGGUAAUUGGACGUCUUCUGGUCAGUCGCCAUCGCGCCAAGAGAGACGCGAAGUUCCAUGCAAAUAACGAAGCAGUUCCGAAUGGAUUCAACGACGAUAUUUCGGAGAUCGACGCUGACAUCGAUCUCACCACUCCGGUGCCAGUUCCCAUGCAAGACACGAGGCUUCCGGAGACCCAGCUGGCCGAGAGACUCCACGGCGAGCGUUACUACGCGGACACAAGGAUACCUUUGUCACCCACCUCGAUGCAUCCACAACCCGUCCUUCAUCCCUCCGUCACGGGCGUCAGAGUGGAUCUGGGUAAUCAUAUGGUCGGUACCGACAAUCUCCACACGAUCCUGCGCCAGGAAAAUCCACGAAGCCUCACCACCAAAAGCUACUACUACGGCUGACAGGAGGAAGGGGUUGUCCCGCGCGAGGGACGACCCCCGUCCUUGAGCCCGGUACCAGAAGUACGCACGCGGAAUUACUGCUUUUAAUCGAGACAACCGAUUUUCUAUGGCGCGCCUGACGAAACGAAGCCGCUGUAAACUGUGUUUGAGCCGCGAUGCUCGACGUCGAUCAAUCGUUUGUUUCUUCGAGCGGCGAGUUGUGGAAUUUGUCGUUCUCGCGCCUGGUACCGGAAACGAGCACGUGGUGGCGAUACUUUUCUCAUAAUUUCUUCGUUCCUCGCGCGAAGGAUCUGCGUUCAAGAUGAGACUUUCAUUUCCAGUUCGCAAGGUCUCGACGAAUCGCGCCACGAUUUUCUUCGGAUUACGAGAGAACUUCGUGGCUAACGUUUCGAUAACAAAUGUGAUCGCAAGGUAUAGCUCGGUAAAGUUGAAAUAAGAAACAUAAGGUAAUAAAUCGAGCGAUGGUAAACGAAUGGUCUUUGGUUAGUUAGCAAGUAUAGUCUGAUACUGUUUAAAGCGAACAAGACCAUCGAAAGAUAUCAAAACCUGACGCUGAAUUGUAUUCAGGAAUCUUAUUUAAAUUGUUGAGCUAUAGCUUCGCGCGAGCCAAAACCGUAGGGCGGAUGUACAUUAAGCUGGACUCAGAGAAUCAGAAAUGGAGGAGCUUUUAUUGCGUAGCGAAAUCGUUUCGUGCGCGUCUGUGCCUGACACUGGUAGUGAAUGAAAGCUCGUCGAGCUAGCGAACGUUAUAAGUACGAUUUCAAUGGUGAGAUUUCGAGCCGUUUCGAUCGAGAUCUGAGAAUCGCUAGCAAUGGGACCGAGAUGAGUUUAGAUUCGUCGAAAACUGAUUCUUUUGUAGCAAUCGAUUACAUUGUAUCGCUAUGUACUUGUGAAUUAUGUUAAAAAUAACUAGUAAUAGAUAUCUUUAUAGAAUUUAUCGCUCGGUGACCAAAUGAAGAUAAUCCUUGCAAAGUU